UCUCAACAUGUGCUCCAUAUAAGAAGCCAUUUUUCUUCCACUUCUCUCCCUGCCUGCCCCUCUCUUUGCUUUCACCUCCAUAGCCUUUGUAAUAUCCAUAAUGUAGUUUCUUUACAUAAAAAAAAAUGGGAAGAAGAACAGAUAGAAAACCUAAAUCUUACACUCUUCCUUCUUCUCCAACUCAUUCAUCUUCAUCUUCCGAUUUCGAAUUCACCAUUCCCCUUUCUCCACGUAGUCGAAAAAUCUCCCCUAACAUAUGCCCCGCUGACGAACUUUUCUACAAAGGCCAACUCCUUCCACUCCAUCAAUCCCCUCGUUUGUCUAUGGUUCGUACUCUCCUUCUAGCCUCAUCCUCGACCUCUUCCUCCUCUGAUACCACAACCACUGCUUCCCGUGACUCCACGGGAAGCAGUGGUAGCUCCAACGACUCCCAGUACUCGUACUCAAGUACUGGAGACCUCGUCCUCCUCCCUGACGGAUGUGAUUCAUCACGUCCUAGCUCUGUCACGGAGGAGGACGAGUUCAAGCGCCUUAAUACGGGGUCGGUCAAGAAGGCGGGUAGUAGUAGUAGUACUAAUAAGUACUUGAAUUUUUCGCUAGCGAGAUUCUCUUCCGUGUUCCGCAAGGAAUCUAAUAAGAGUAACCGUAAUGUUAUCAAUGAUUCUGACGGGAUCUCAGGAACUCUGUCUGCUCAAACAUCGUCCAUGAGACGGAUGAGUACGUCGGCUAGAGAAGUCAUCCGUAAGUACUUGAAGAAAGUCAAACCAUUAUACGAGAAAUUAUCACAAAAGCCUUCGGAGAAAAUUAUUGUUUCGUCACGUACGGUAACGUUAUGCAAAAAUAGAGAGAAUAUUUGUUCUAUGAUCAAAGAAAGUACUCAAAAUGCAACAAUUUCACAUUCUUUUUCUGGGAAUUUGAGGUAUCCAAGGAGAAGAAGCUACGUGUCAAGCUGUCCUUCGUCGAUGAGAUCAUCGCCUAGCCAUUCAGGGAUCCUUAGUAGAAGCGGGUACAACACGCCGCCGCCGACCAAUAAGACGAUGACAGGUGGAAAUUCAUCAGAUUCUUCUACUAUGGAGGAGCUACAAAAUGCAAUUCAAGGUGCAAUUGCACAUUGCAAAAAUUCCAUGCUUCAAAAUCACGUUACUUAAUAAUAAUUUGGGUUAGUACUGAAAUUUAACGAAUGUUUAAUUAAUGUAUUUUUUUUUUGCAAGGGUAAAUAAGGAAGGAAAAAAAAAGAUAAGAGUAUUUGUGUUUAAUUUCUAGUUUAAUUAAUUAGCUAUUGGGGAUCUAAAGAGUUUUUUGUUUUUAUUUAGUGGGUUAUUUGACUGAUGGAAGAUGAGGAAUUUAACCUUUUGUUGGUUUUUUUUCCUUAUUUUUUUUAUUAUAUAGUUUUAACCUAGCCGUUGUGUCUUGAUCUAAGUAAUUUUAAUGAGUUGCAUGUGAUGUUAUUAAUGGAUCAUUCAUUUGGAUUUUUC